AACAUCUGCUAGCAUUCCUGGCAGCGCUCAUGAUCCAAUGGGCAUUCAAGGAUUGCUGCCAUUUCUGCGAUCAUAUGUCAAAAAGACCCACAUUGAGACCUUCCAAGGAACCACUAUUGGAGUGGAUGCAAUGUGCUGGAUGCACAAGGGAGCUUAUGCUUGUUCCAGAGAGUUGGUCGUAGGAGCGGACACUGACAAGUUUGUUCGCUUCUUCCUCAGAAUGUGCGAGGUUCUUCGGUACUACAAAAUCAAGCCCAUCAUCGUCUUCGAUGGCGAAAAGUUGCCCGCCAAGGCCAAGGAGGAUCAACGUCGUGGACAGCUACGGGAAGCUGCACGGCUGCGCGCCUUGGAGCUGCUCCAGCAGAAGGAGAAAGGCGAAGAAGUCGAUGAUUUUCUGAUUCAACAAAAGUGUGAGACUGCAAUCAAAGUCACAUCGUCCAUGGUGUCGCGACUUCAAAGUGCCCUGAGAGAACUGUCGAUUGACUUUCUGGUGGCGCCGUACGAGGCAGAUGCUCAAUUAGCUUACAUGUGCCGAACCGGCUGGAUCAGCACUGUCAUCUCUGAGGAUAGCGAUCUCUUGGCCUAUGGCUGUCCGAGCACAUUCUUCAAAAUGGACAAGUAUGGCAAUGGCCAACACAUCACCCUGCCCUGUCUACAAGUAGAUCAUGUUGGCCAGGAACUUGCCAUAGAGUCUCCUGAGAAGCAGAAAAAGAAGCCCAGGUCCAAGAAGCAAGCGAAAAAGCCGACAAAGUCCAGUCCAGUGGAAGAGAUACCCGAUGAGGCUGAGAUGGAGACUGAAGCCAAGCCUGUUGACAAGGUCAGGAAGAGCAAUGCCAAGAGUCCUCAAGGGCUUGAAGAUGCUGAAAAGGAGAUACAGAGCCAUUUGAAUAGUUGGCCACCUGAGAAAUUUGCAGAGUUCUGCGUGUUUUGCGGAACAGACUACAAAGACCCUGAUACCCACAUCAAGAACUUUGGCAUUAAGAAGGCAUUUGCUUUGAUGUGCAAACACUCCACCACACAAGGCUUGCUCUCAUGGAUGCUCGCAGAAAAGAGCUACAAGGAUCGCUUCCCUUGCGACCGGGGUGAAUAUCUCCAGCGUUUCCAACGAGUAGUUGCAGUUUUUUGGCACCAUGUGGUUUUCAAUCCAGCACGUGGGGAGUGCACCUCAAUCGCAACGUCCUUCCCAUUGACCAGUUCCAAGCGUGUCUUGGAAGGUCUGGACUUGCAGGAGGUGUGUGGACGUCCGUUCAGCAGGCAGGAAGCCAUUUUAAUGGCAAAAGGUGAGAUGGAUCCGCGCACACGGCAGCCCAAGCGCCUGGAAGCCUUAACCAAUGCGGAGCGCAGAGCAAUUGAUCUUAUGCUGGCUGACAAGCGCUCUGAGCAGUCUGAUUAUCGGCAUCAAGUUGCGUUGGAGGAGGAAGAGGCGAGGAAACGGGCGAAGAUGGAGGAAACAACCGAUGGAACUGAAGCAGUGGAACCAGAGGUUCCAGAUGUUCCAGAGCCAACCCAACACGAUCAGGAAAAGGACCAAGGAAACGACUGCAACGACAGGGGUAUACAGCUCAUUCCAGGAGAUGAAAGAAAGAUUCUUCGCUUUCUCGAGAUGAAGAAUGAGUUUUCCAAGGCCAAAGCGGAUGUAAAGAUGGAUGUGAGUGGGAAGUCGUCCACCAACCCUUUUGCCCGGAAAAGAGUUGUGGCUACUCCAUGCAGCAAUGGCCGGGCUGUUGCAACGGCUCCAGUUCCAGUGUCAAAACGCGCCAAGGUCGUCGUUCCAAAAGUUGCGCUAGGCACACCACCUGUGGAGGCUCCACAGCGCCCGUUGAAAAAUUUGGCAUCUCACUCAAAGGGUGGAUAUGCAGCAGCCGAAGCCGCCCAAGCCCUCCUGUUGCAAAGAGGCAUUCCUCAAUAUGAAAAACUCGAGGAGGAUCAGGACAGAACGAAGGUCAAAUACUUUUUCCCACCGAAGACGGAGAAGGAAAAGACGCCUGCGAUGACCACCAAGAGCAAGCUAAGUGAAUGGAAGCCAAGAUCUUGGGAGGAUGACACUGAGAAAAGCAGUUCUGUGGGUCGUAAUUCGCUUUCGAUCCGUGGUAGGGGGUUGCCACAAAUUCUUUUGCGUUCUGGUUGGGGUUGAUGCAAGGCUGCAAGGAGCAUUGCAGGGGACGGAUUGCAAAAUCCUUGAAUCAAAAGAAUA